AUGGUUCCUGCGGCCUGUCUAGAGGCCGACAGGUCCUUUGGGCCCUCUGUGCCUCCUGGAUGCCGGAGUGGCUUCGAUUUCACCCUGUAUUUUGAGCAGAUCGUCUUGUCCAUUGUCCCCGCGGUGCUGUUUCUGGUCUUUGCCGCAGUGCGCCUUGUCCGUCUGUUGCGUGCCAGUAUCAUCACAGCGCCAUCCUGGAUUCAUACAGUUAAAUUAGGCACAAUUUCCGCACUUGUCGCGCUUCGUUUGGUACUUCUCGUUCUCUGGUGCCUGCCCUCGAGUGCCCGCAACGACGCUUCAAUUCCGUCUGCCGCUUUGUCACUUGCAACAGCUCUCGCCAUUGCGAUAAGCUCUCAUUACGAACACACCCGGUCGAUCCGUCCUUCUGCGGUGUUGAACAUAUAUUUAUUCUUUUCUGUGUUAUGCGAUGUGACCCAAGCACGAACGCUCUGGUUACGCCAUGUCGCAAUCUCCAUUCCGGCUGUUUUCACGGCGGGAUUGGCAAUCCAGCUGUGUAUUGCAUAUCUAGAAGCCCGCGAAAAGAACCUUAUUCCCGGUGGAGUCGAGGAAAAGCUCACACCCGAAAGUACAAGUAGUGUGUACAAUCUCAGCGUAUUCUGGUGGUUGAAUCGCCUAUUCUUAAGAGGUUAUAAAAAACCUCUGGCCUUGGACGAUCUGUACCCUCUCGAAACCAACCUAGCAUCAAAGAAGCUGGGAGACGGCAUAGCCAAAGCCUGGUCGCAAACAAAACAAAGCAGAACUCACUCUCUCCUAGUUGCGGCCUCGUCUGCGUUGCGAUGGCCUCUGUUGACGCCGAUCCCAGCUCGUCUUGCAUUGAUUGGGUUCAAAUACUGUCAGCCAUUUCUUCUAUCUGCUGCAGUAGACUAUGUGGACCGUGCCCAGGACAAUCGUUCCCAAAAUGUCGGCUAUGGUUUGAUCGGUGCAACGGGCCUCAUUUAUCUUGGUAUCGCCUUGAGCACCGGCAUCUACAAUUUCAAGGUUUACCGUACAACGACGAUGCUUCGAGGCUCUCUGGUUAGCAUCAUUUACAAAAAGACCCUGAAAAUCCGCCUUAGCGAUGCCAAAAAAUCAGCCGCUAUCACUCUCGCAAGCUCGGACGUCGAUCGGAUUGGCCUCUCACUUGAGAGCGCUCAUGAGAUCUGGGCCAGUAGUGUCGAGUCCAUCAUAGCCAUCAUCCUCUUGGAGCGCCAACUCGGAUGGGCCUGUAUUGCCCCAGUUCUCCUCGCAUUCUUCGCAACAGCUUCUAACACCUGGAUCGCCCGGUAUAUACCAGGGCGACAGCGCGAAUGGAGUGCUGCAAUCCAGAAACGGGUCACCAUGACUUCCUCAGUGCUUCGAAAUAUGAAAAGCGUCAAAAUGACCGGUCUGAGUGAUACGGUUGAAAGUAUCAUUCAGAAUGCUAGAGUAUACGAAUUGGAUCUCUCCAAACGCUACCGUAGCUUUUUUGCAUACAUGUCUAUUUUAGCGUCUAUUCCCGUUCAACUAUCAUCUCCCUUUACCUUCCUCAUAUUCAUCACUGGCGUGCAAUGGUACGGAGGUCAGGUCCCAGCUGCACGCGCAUUUUCAUCCCUGUCCCUGAUACAGCUCCUCACUACGCCUCUUCAAAAAGUACUUUCUUCCUUUCCAUCUUUUGCGGCAUCGUUGGGGUCCUUCACCCGAAUUCAGACCUAUCUACUUCUUGAUGACCGGGUUGAUGGCAGGAUACUAGACAUAGACUCACAUUCCUCUCCACCUUCAACACCACCAGGGACUCACCGAAACGGCAUGAAACUACAAAGCAUGGUCCCCAAGAGGGGCGAAUUAUUCCAACCAGGUCAAUAUCAUGCUGUGUCAUGUCGGGAUGGCGGGUUUGCUGCUUUGCCAGGUGGCAAGAUAAUACUUCACAAUAUCGACCUCGAAUGUGCAGUUGGCUCGCUCACCAUGGUCAUUGGAUCAAUUGGAUCGGGCAAGACCAUGUUGUUGAACGCAAUUUUAGGGGAGAUUGAGAUUUCGCAGGGAUGUCUACAGUCACAAUUCUCACAGAUAGCCUACUGCCCACAGACACCGUGGGUGAUCAAUGCCAGCAUCAGGGAGAAUAUCCUUGAUCACACUCCAUAUGACAAAAAGUGGUAUGAGAAAGUGCUUUGGUGCUGUGCAUUGGAUGAAGAUAUACAGUAUAUGGCCGACGGAGAUGAAACAAAAGUUGGGAGUCGCGGCAUAACCUUGAGCGGCGGACAGAAACAGCGACUAUCUCUAGCUAGAGCUGUGUAUGCUCGUAAGAACUUGAUGUUACUCGACGAUGUACUCAGUGCUCUUGAUGCGCGGACGGAAAAGCUUGUAUUUGAGCGCCUCUUUUCUCAACAUGGCCUGUUCCGAAGUCAUAAUACGACGGUCAUUUUGGUGAGCCAUGCUGUUCAUCAGAUUCGCGCUAUGGAUAUAAUCAUCGUUCUUGAAAAUGACGGCAAGAUUGCCCAACAGGGAACGUUCGAGUCUCUGAGUUCGCAGGAUGGCUACGCCAAAUACCUGUUACAAAACCUCACGAGCGAGAAAGCAGUCGAAGAUGGUAUACCAGAGAGUGAACUUGGCGAUGCCUCAUCCAAGAUAUCAAGAAAGCAAGCACAAGUCACCACUGCAUCAGUAUCAUAUGAUGGGGAAAAGAAGCGAGCACCAAGCGACACGGCAGUUUUUGCAUAUUACUUCAAGUCAAUUGGGGCGUGGCUCGCUUUUGUGUUCCUUAUCACAACUGUUAUUUCUACCUUCUGUACAAAUUUCCCUCAGAUCUGGGUGCAGUGGUGGACCACGUCUAGAUUAUCAAAUAAUGGAAGCUUCCUAGGUGCCUUUUUCGGCUUUGCGGUCGCUGCAAUUCUCACCAAUGCUGCAUCAAUUUGGUGCAUGAUGAUUAUCAUUGUUCCAAUCUCGGCGGCCAAACUACACUGGCAACUACUGCAUGCUGUACUUUGCGCGCCACUUUCAUUCUUCUCGUCUACAGACUCUGGUGUGACGCUCAAUCGGUUCAGCCAAGAUAUGUCUCUGAUCAACAGCCGGUUGCCAGUCUCCACGAUGCAAGCAACUACCAUGGCACUGCAGACACUCGCCCAGAUUGGGCUCAUGGCCACAGGCUCUACAUACUUCGCGGUAUUUAUUCCUGUAGUAAUGGUGGCUACUUGGCUACUCCAAAAGUUUUAUCUUCGUACCUCGCGCCAGCUUCGAUUACUUGACUUGGAACAAAAGUCUCCCUUAUUCUCCAGCAUAUCUGAGACCCUUGAGGGUCUGCCAAUCAUCCGGGCGUUCGGUCGGCAAGAGGAAUAUGAAGCAAGAAAUUCAGAGCGAUUGGACACGUCACAGCGACCAGUUUAUCUACUCUACUGUAUACAACGAUGGCUUAACUUUGUGCUGGAUCUGAUAAUUGCGGCCCUGGCUGUUCUUCUCAUGACUCUGGCAACCCAAUUGCCUAAUUCUACGAGCGGCGCAUCUCUCAGUGUUGCCCUUCUUAAUGUCCUUAACUUCAGUCAGAGUCUUGCCCAGUUUAUUUAUUACUACACAGACCUUGAGACCUCUCUACAGGCUGUGGCCAGGGUCAAGGAUUAUGUUGAAACAACAGAACCAGAGGAUUCUUCGCUGACAGGAGGAGCCCUGACAUUCCCGCCCAAAGACUGGCCUACUCAGGGCUCCAUUAAAUUCUGUGGUACCACUGCUUCAUAUACAAUGAUCUCAGACACAGUGGUGAAUGGCGUUUCCUUUCAUAUCCAACCGGGUCAUAAGAUUGGUAUUUGUGGUCGAACUGGAAGUGGAAAGUCCUCACUACUAUCCGCUCUCUUCCGUAUGAUGGAGCUACGCGGCGGUGGUAUUUACGUGGACAAUAUCGAUCUUUCUACAAUUCCACGGCAGAUAGUGCGAUCACGCUUGAUUGCCAUCCCACAGGAACCUUUCUUCCCUCCGGGGACUGUUUGCUUUAACAUGUCCCCUUCAGGGACUGUGGCCAAUGAUCAAAUCAUCACUGCACUUGAGAAAGUAGGACUAUGGUCACUUAUUCAACAGCACGGGGGCCUAGACAGUAACAUAGAUACCCUUUCCCUAUCACACGGCCAGCAGCAGUUAUUCUGCUUAGCUCGUGCCAUGCUGCGACCUGGGAUGAUUCUUGUGCUGGACGAAGCGACAAGCAACGUCGACUGGGAGACAGAUGAUAAGAUUCAAAAGGUUAUUAGGGAGGAGUUUCAGAAUCGAACGAUCCUGACAGUCGCACAUCGACUGACAACGAUUUUGGAUAGCGACCAGGUAAUUGUGAUGGGUCACGGCACAGUGCUGGAGGCUGGACCUCCUGAUGAGUUAUUGACUCAGCGUGGUCAUUUUUGGGAGCUUUAUGAUGCUCAGACGGCCAAUUAUUCAACUCAAUGA